UGAGCCUCGGCCGCCGCUUCCCCCUGAGCAGCUGCAAAUGAAAAUGGAGGAUAUGUCUGUGGCUGGCCUGGAUAACAGCAAGCUGGAGGCCAUCGCGCAUGAGAUCUACGCAGAGCUGGUGGAGGAUGCCUGCCUGGGGCUGUGCUUUGAGGUGCACCGUGCGGUCAAAUGCGGCUACUUCUUCCUGGAUGACACCGACCCCGACAGCAUGAAGGACUUUGAGAUCGUGGACCAGCCAGGGGUGGACAUCUUUGGGCAGGUGUACAACCAAUGGAAGAACAAGGAGUGUGUCUGCCCCAACUGCAGCCGCAGCAUCGCCGCCUCCCGC